CUGUACGAACCACAGCAGACACAGCACCCGGAGGAAGCAGAGCAUUUAUGUGGAUUCUCAUUGUAACACUAUCCCACAGGUGGGGUUUCGCAGGCUCCAGGGAGGGAGAGGAGGAGGAAGAGAGAGUUCAGUCAGUCACUUCUGGGUGGAGGAGUGUGCAGGCAGGUUGCAGGUCUAAGAAUAGAGUUUUUGGACUAGGUUUCAGCUAAGCUUACCAUGUUUUGGACUGAGCUCAAAGGUGACAUGACCCCGUCUGUCUCUCUGGCCACUGGCAUCCCACUCCUGCAGAUUCCGAGAACAAGCGUUCUCUCUCUCUGAACGGCUUCCUGUUUGUGGUCAGACACUCGAUUGAAGAGGAGGAAGAGGAAGAGGGGAGAGAGCCCCCUCUGUUCAGCAGCAGCCUCCAUUGCCGUACCACCCUCAGGGAACGGCCACUGCCAGCGGAAUGUCCGGGGAGGGUAACCAUGGUAACCCGAAGGCCCAGUGCAAUGGAGUAAAGAAGCACAGAACGUCUUUACCAGCGCCCAUGUUCUCCAGGAAUGAUGUCAGCAUUUGGAGCAUCCUGAAGAAAUGCAUUGGCAUGGAGCUGUCUAAGAUAGCAAUGCCGGUGAUCUUAAACGAGCCCCUUAGUUUCCUGCAGCGGCUCACGGAGUACAUGGAGCACACGUACCUCAUCCACCAAGCGAACACCACCACAGAUUCCAUGGAGAGGAUGAAGUGUGUUGCAGCGUUUGCUGUGUCUGCUGUAGCUUCACAGUGGGAGAGGACAGGAAAACCCUUCAACCCACUACUGGGAGAAACCUAUGAGCUCAUCAGAGAGGACCUAGGGUUCAGGUGGAUGUCAGAGCAGGUUAGCCACCACCCCCCCGUCAGUGCCUUCCAUGCUGAGGGCCUGCAGGAGGACUUCCUGUUCCACGGCUCCAUUUACCCCAAACUCAAGUUCUGGGGCAAGAGUGUGGAGGCGGAGCCUAAAGGCAUCAUCAGCCUGGAGCUACCCAAAUACAACGAAGCGUACACCUGGACAAACCCCACCUGUUGUGUCCACAACAUCAUCGUGGGCCAGUUGUGGAUCGAGCAGUACGGCAAUGUGGAGGUGAUCAACCACAAGACCGGAGAGAGAUGCAGCCUGAUAUUCAAACCAUGUGGCCUCUUUGGCAAAGAGCUGCACAAAGUGGAGGGCUACAUUCUAGAUAAAAGCAAAAAGAAGCUCUGUGCCAUCUACGGUAAAUGGACCGAGUGCUUAUACACUGUGGACGCUGACACUUUUGAUGCUCAUAAGAAAUCUGACAAGAAGAACUCAGAGGAGAAGAAAAGCAACAUGCAGACUAGUGUAGACGAGGAGCCAGAGGAGAUGCCCCUGCCUGACGGAGACACGGUCCAGGUCAUCCCAGGAAGUGAGCUGAUCUGGAGGAUAGCCCCCCGACCAGACAACUCUGCAGAGUUCUAUGCUUUCUCCACAUUUGCCAUGCAGCUGAAUGAGCUGGAGGAAGGCAUGAAGGGUGUCCUACCCCCCACAGACUGUCGACUCAGGCCUGACAUCAGACACAUGGAAAAAGGAGACAUAGACUCGGCAAGUGCAGAGAAGAAGAGGGUAGAGGAGAAACAAAGACUGUCCCGGAAAAAUCGCUCCAAAUCAACCGAGGAAUGGAAAACAAGGUGGUUCCACCAGGGCACCAACCCCCACAACAAAGCUCAGGACUGGCUCUACUCCAACAGCUACUGGGACCGGAACUACUCCCUGUUGCCUGAUAUAUACUGACCUACAGGACACACACCACACACACACAUCUCUGUCUGUACACACCUCGUCUCAACUCUCUCUGCAAUUUUUUAUAUUCUGACACUGGAGCUUUGGCAUUUUUCUCAGGGGGUUCAUUGAAGGGGGAGAAAGUUAAUCCUAGUCAGGUCAUGCGGUCAGGAAAAAUGUGUUAUGAUAUAGAUGAUGUCAACAUAGGCAAGGUCAAGGGAGAGUUCUGGCUUUAAUCAUUUCAAAGCCUGCUCUGAACCUGCUAUGGUCCUUUGCAUGAGUAAGGAUGAUGCUGGGAAUUGAAUGACCGUAAAGGCAGCAACCAUUCAGUAGUCCCUAAACAUAUCUCCUAUGUCUCACUCAAAGCACAAUUGUGAAGCACUCAUGAGUCAAUAAGCGAUGGUCAUCGACCAGUGUGUAUAGAAUUAUUAUAAAACUGUAGGGUGUAACCUGCCAGUCAUUUUAACAAUGGGAGUGUUUUGAAUGGAGUGGAUUGAAUGUGACACACCUCUUGAUGUGUCUCUAGUAUCUCUCACCAAAACGCUUGUGAGAAUUAUGUCCAUUUGAAUGUGUUGUGCUCAGUUUUGUUACUUACAAAUGUGUGUAGCUACAGUAUCAAUUUAAGGAAAAUAGAGCUUUCAAAUAGUGUGUGAAAUAGACUUGUUCCAAGUUCCUGCAAUCCUUGCUAUAUGCUAACAAUGUAAACUGUCAUUAUAACACGCUGUAUCACAGUUGCUCGGACCUCAGCAACCAUGGCUGAGGACAUAAAUGUCUGUACAUAUUAUUUGAUAGAGCUCUUCUAUUCUUCUGAGCUGUAAUACAAUGUAGUACUUGAGGAAUUUAGGAUACUAUGAAUAGAGGGGAAUAUCUGUACUGUACUUAGAAUUAUGGCUCCUUGCUUCCAUAACACUUGAGAACUUAGUUUGACCACUUGGCUCGAUAUGAAUAUAUUUGUAUGUGUGCAAAUGUUUCCUCUAAAGUAAAAAUGUAAAUCUGAGAGGUACUGUAACUGUUUUAACUACCCCUAACACACUGAAUGCAAAUACAGUACAAGCACAAUGUUGACUAUGCAAGCAUUAGCUGCACUACACCCACAGACACACACAGUAAGCCUAUGUCCCAAAUGGCAAACUAUUUCCUACAUAGCGCACUACUUUUGACCUGAAAAGGGCACAAUUUGGGAUACACACAGCCACUGUUCAACUCACUCAUCCACUGCAUAACAUUCCUCUCCUUGGUUGUGAAUAGCUGCUGUUGUAACCUCUGUAAAGCGGUAGUUUAGGUUUGAUUAUCAGCACAGUAGACUGGACCUAGCACACCCUGUGAAUGCCGUUUUAGCUAGCGGCUACUCUCACUUUGUGUUUAGCACAUUACAGAAUCAAGAUUGUUUCUAUUGUUGCUAAAUAAAAGCUUAAUGUUACCUUU